CCGAACACACUAAACGCGUAAUUGACAUUUGCAUCUCUUGCAAGAAUUGCUGGACGUUCACCUAUUAGUUGCUUGUAAUAUAGUUUGAUUCUUCUGUCCAAGAGGGUAGUGAAUCUAGUGAUUUUCUAAUUGCUCGAUGGGUCUUAUUAGAUCAGCUCAGAGUGAAGGAGCCUCCUCCUCCACUAGUACUUCUUCUCCAUGCAGUUAUCAUGUGUUCUUGAGUUUUAGAGGCGAAGACACUCGCAAGACUUUUACUGAUCAUCUCUAUACAGCAUUUGUAAACGCAGGCUUUCUCACAUUUCGCGAUGAUGAUGAACUUGAGAGAGGAACAGAUAUCAAGCAAGAGUUGCAGAAAAUUAUCCAACAGUCACGAAGUUCGGUAAUUGUGCUUUCAAAAGACUAUGCGUCAUCCAGAUGGUGCCUUGAUGAGCUUGUGAUGAUCCUAGAACGCAAUAGGACAUCGGACCAUGUAGUUUUGCCAGUCUUCUAUGACAUCGACCCACCUCAGGUGAGAAAGCAGGAGGGAAGUUUUGCGAAAUCAUUUGCAAGACAUGAAAAAGAUCGAUCGUUGAAGGACAAGGUGAAGAACUGGAGGGCUGCACUUACUGAAGUUGCAGAUCUAGCAGGGAUGGUCUUACAGCAUCAAGCUGAUGGGCACGAGUCAAAAUUUAUCAAGAAAAUUGUUAAAGUGAUUGAAGGCAAACUAAGUCGUACGCCCAUAAGUGUUGCUCCACACUUAAUUGGAAUCCAUUCUCAAGUCCAAAACAUUAACUUAUGGCUACAGGAUGGAUCAACUGAUCCUGACAUACUUAUCAUAUAUGGGAUGCGUGGAAUGGGAAAGACAACCAUUGCAAAAUGUGUUUAUAAUUCAAACUAUAAAAGAUUUCAAGGAACCAGUUUCCUUGAGAAUAUAAGAGAAAUUUCAGGGCAGCCGAAUGGUUUAGUUCAGAUACAAAAGCAGCUUCUUUAUGAUGUUUUGAAUGGCAAAAAAGUAAAAAUACACAGUAUUAGUGAGGGAGUAAUUAAGAUUGAAGAUGCUAUCAGCUCUAGAAAAGUUCUUCUUGUUCUAGAUGAUGUGGAUCAUAUGGACCAGUUAGAUGCGGUUCUUCGGAUGCAAGGUCAGCUUUAUCCGGGAAGUAAAAUCAUCAUUACAACUAGCAAUGCAGUGUUGCUAAAAGCUCGGCACCAUGCCAUUAAGGUUCAUAACGUUCAAAGUUUUGACAGAAGCGAAUCACUGGAGCUCUUUAGUUGGCAUGCGUUUGGGCAAGACUAUCCCAUAGAAGAUUACUUGGAACUUUCAGAAAGAGUAGUACACCUCAGUGGAGGACUUCCAUUAGCUCUGAAAAUUUUGGGUUCUUCUUUAUCCGGGCAAAGUACACUUGUAUGGGAGAGUGCAUUAAACAAGUUGAAAGCUAUUCCAAAUGGUGAAAUCUUGAAUAAACUCAGAAUAAGCUAUGACUCUUUACAAGAUGACCAUGAUAAAAGUUUAUUUCUUCACAUUGCAUGUUUCUUUAUUGGAAUGGAGAAAGAUGUGAUUGUUAGAAUACUAGAUAGCUGUGAUUUCUACACGGUUGUUGGCAUUCAAAAUCUCAUGGAUAGAUGUUUGGUGACAAUUGAUGAAUAUAACAAGGUUAAGAUGCAUCACAUGGUUCGGGAAAUGGGAAGAGGUAUUGUUGGGUUAGAGUCAAAGGAGCCUUGCAAACGUAGUAGAUUGUGGAACCAUAAGGAUUCGUUCAAAGUAUUGACACAAAAGAAUGGAACACAAACAAUUGAAGGUCUUGUGCUGAACAUGGAAAUGCAUCCUGCACACACCCUUUCAAGAAAUUCAAAUGAGGUAGUUUUGGAAACCAGUGCAUUCGUGAGAAUGCAUAAACUAAGACUACUCCAGCUUAUUCAUGUACAACUCAACGGAUCGUUUCAAGAGUUUCCUACAGGGAUAAGAUGGUUGUGUUGGCAUGGAUUUCCUUUUAAUUCUUUACCCAAUGACUUUCCUUCAGAAAGCCUAGUUGUUCUUGAAGUGUGCUAUAGUAGCUUGAAACAAGUCUGGGAAGGAGAAAAGUUUCUUCCAUCAUUGAAGAUCCUAAAUAUCAGCCAUUCCCAUUGCCUUACCCAAACCCCUGACUUUUCACACGUCCCCAAUCUGGAGAGUUUGAUUCUUAAAGAUUGUGCAAGCUUGGUUGAUGUCAAAUCCAUUGGAAACCUAGACAGACUUGUUCAUUUGAAUAUGGAAGAUUGCAAAAACAUUAGGAAGCUUCCAAAGAACAUUUCUACACUAAAAUCCCUUGAAACGCUCAUCAUAUCUGGUUGCUCAAACCUUAUUGAGUUUCCAAAGGAAAUGAGUAAAAUGGAAUCUCUGAAAGUGCUCAAAGGAGAUGGAGUUUCAAUACAUACCAUCUCAGAGGUCAACUUACAACCAAGAAAAAAUCCAGAAAUGUUUUGGGCUUCAUAUGUGCCAUGCAAUUUAGUAGAUUUAAGUCUUAGUGGCUGCAAUCUUUCCAAUGAUGAUUUUCCUGGGGAUUUCAGUAACCUUCAAUCAUUGCAAAAGCUAAAUCUAAGCUGCAAUCCAAUUUCCACUCUACCAGAUUGCAUCAAAGGUCUUAAGAGACUCGACGAACUCUCUUUUUCUCAGUGUACGAGUCUCAAAUUGCUUGCAGGGCUUCCAACUAUCAGAGAACUGAUAGUGAAUGGUUGCCCGUCAUUGGAAAAAGUAAAAUUUCAAUCAAUGUCGUUCCAACCAAAAAUCAUCUUAGAUGAAUCCAACUGCAAGCUAUUUGAGAUUGACUCAUACUUCAAGUUAGAAUCAAUAGAAAAUGUUGAUGUACGUAUGAUCAACCUUUUGAGCUUGAACAACUUGAAAUCCACAGAAACAAUUAUGUUGGACAGUACCCUGCACGUGUUCAAACGUGUGAUGAAGAGGAAGAUGCAUCCCAUCCAGGGAUUGUAUGAAUAUGGUGUAUUCAGCGUAUUUCUUGUUGGUAAUGAGGUUCCAGGCCUGUUCAGUCAUAGAAGUACAACAAAGUCGUCAUUGUCUAUAACUGUGCCUUUCCGUCUUGAAGAAAGGAUUAAAGGCUUCAACUUCUUCUCUGUCUAUGCAAAGCCUAACACUUGUUCUCCUAAGAUCGAUGUGAACACAGAUUUACCCAACCCAAUAGUCACUGUAGUGAAGAUUGGCUGUGUAAAUAGAAAGGACCUGACCUGGAUCUAUGGCCCAUCAUUCUUUGGUGUCCCAGGUGAUGGAGAAGACGUGAUAUGGUUAAGUCAUUGGAGGUUUAGGGGGCAAUUAGACGAGGGUGAUGAGGUGACUGUUUCAGUAUAUACGCGAUCUGAGUUUCAGGUAAAAGAGUGCGGCAUUGAGCUUGUGUACGAGAUGAAUAACCAAGGGACUGCCAUUUAUCCAUGUAUCAGUGCGGGAGACUGGGCAGUUUCUGAUGAGGUGACCUCUGGCACAUACUUCCUCAGCAAUCGAUAUGAAGAAAUCGAUGUGUAUGGGUCGGCAUGGUUUAGCGACAUCAUUAAGACAGGGAAGAAUAAAAGGAGAGAGAGAUUAGAAGAUGAGGGAUUCCUACUCCGAUUGGUAGAGCAACCGAGGAACCGCAGUAUUGUCGGUCGCAUAAAUCGGAUGCCAAGAAUCUUGAUAGUGUUCUGUAGCCUUUCCUUCUCUCUUUUCUCUCUUGAAAGUUUCUUGCUGUCAGAGAAGGGACAGGCCCUAAUUCCCGAUGUUCAGUUACUUCCAAGAGUCUCCGCCGUGUUCAAUAGUUUACGUCUCUUGAUAUAUAUCUAUAUUUGUAUGUUGAUGUGGCGAUUUAUUUUCUGAAUUUGCCCUAAUUAAAAUUACGUUUUUAAACUUUUUUUUUUAAUAAAAUAAGUUCAUGAAUUCUUUAAAAACUCAUAAUUUUAACCUUAUUAUGAUAUUACUAGUUAUUUAUUUAA